GUCCUUCUCUGUCAGCUGUGCUCCACAGCUCAGCGGCAUGUUUAUGUCCCACUACUAGAAGUGACCUGCCCCUUUAAAAGGAAAAAAGCCUCCUGGUGACCUUCCUUAGGAACGGGUUGCUAAGCGGGUGUUUUUGCGGAGACGUGGCUGCAGCUCCAGGAGGCAGCCCAGGGGCUGCCCCAACACUCAGCCUUUCCCUUUGGACUCUUCUAGAAGGUUCAACAGUAAGAUCGUCUCGCUCCACUUCCCCUUCAUCCCAGGAAACGGAAUCUGCCAAGUGCCUUUGUAAAGUUUCUUAAGGGAGCUGCCAUCACAGCCAAGAUGAAUCCCAAGGAAGAAAAAGUAAAAAUAAUUACAGAGGAGUUCACUGAAAAUGAUGAGGAUGCAGAUGUGGGAAGGCAGAAGAUCUCCAAGGCUCCAAGACAAAAAAGAAAGAAACGGCUAUUGCCUGCCAGGCCCCAGGAGAUGGUGUCGGAAAGAUCCCACCCGAACACCCAGGAGCCCGUUUCAGAAGAUUCGGACACUCAGCCCCUGAGCGUGAUGACCCGACGAGGCCCACGGAGCUUACCUCCAAUUCCUUCAGCUUCCAGAACAGGCUUUGCAGAAUUUUCCAUGAGGGAGCGCAUGAGGGAGAAAUUACAAGCCGCAAGGUCCAAAGCAGAAAGUGCACUGCUGCAGGAAAUCCCCACCCCUCGGCGCAGGCGCCUACCAAGUGCUGAUGAGAAAGAAGUGGAGACUGAAUUUGGCACAGAGCCAGGUGGAGAGGUACAGAGGGCUCAGCAGGAAGGGGACUCCCAGAGCCAGUCAAGAGUGAAGUUCCGGGAUUCUACACGAAAAAUCAAGUCUAAACCCCUGGUUCCACCCGGCUUCCCUUCUGCUGAAGAAGCCUAUAACUUCUUUACUUUCAACUUUGAUCCCGAACCAGAGGAAGCAGAAGAAAAACCGAAAGCAGAAAGAAGAGAUGCAACUAACCAAAAGGAGGAGGAAGGGGAGGAAGGACAGGAAGGACAGGAAGGAGAGCCGCCUGUACAAGAAGAAGUAAACAAAACGGACAAGGAAGAGCUGAUUAAUGGUAAAGAUGCUGAGGAUUUCCUAUUAGGCUUAGAGCACGUGGCUGAAGAUUUUGUGGCAGUCAGACCUGCGGAUUACGAGAGCAUCCAUGUUAGGCUGCAGAUGGAAAAAGAGCUCCUGUUCACACCCAGCAGGCAGACAGUGCCUACGUAUCAGAAGCUUCCUGAGAACAUGCAGCCCAGAUUCCUGGAAGACGAAGGUCUAUACAUCGGGGCAAGGCCAGAGGUGCCACGUGCCAAUCAGAACAUCAUGGAGAACCGAUUGCUGAAACAGGAGCCCGGGAGAAGGUGGUUCGGAGAUGAUGGCAGAAUCCUAGCCCUGCCAAACCCCAUCAAGGCGUUUCCUUCGAGGCCACCCACCUUGGCACAGGAGCCAGACAUUAAGGCAGAACUUGAAACCUUGUAUAAAAAGGCAGUGAAAUACGUCCACAGAAGUCAGCACCUGAUGGGCUCUACAGACCCUCCUGGAAAUUUCCAACUGGACAUUGACAUUUCAGGAUUAAUCUUCACUCACCAUCCCUGUUUCAGCCGAGAGCACGUUCUGGCAGCCAAGCUGGCCCAAUUGUAUGACCAGUACCUUGCAAGACACCAAAGAAACAAGGCAAAAUUUCUUACUGACAAGCUCCAUGCUCUAAGAAAUGCUGUUCAGAUGAGUCUUAAUCCAGCAACAACUCGUAAGUCUCUUGACACAACCCAAAAAACCAUCAAUGAGUAUAAAUCUGAAAUUUGGCAAACAAGAAAACUGCGUGAUGCAGAACAAGAAAAAGAUCGAACACUGCUCAAGACCAUCAUAAAAGUCUGGAAAGAGAUUAAAUCCCUUCGAGAGUUCCAGAGGUUUACAAAUACACCCUUGAAACUUGUUUUGAGAAGGGAAAAAGUUGAGCAGGAAGCUGAUAAAGCAGCCUAUGAAGCAGAAAUUCAAGCUGAAAUAAGUGAAUUGUGGGAAGAGUACAUGGAGGAGUACCAACAGAGGAUGGAAGAAUACAGAGCAGCCCACCAGCAGUGGAAAGCGUGGAAGAAGGCCCAGAGGGCCAAGAAGAAGAAAAAGAAACAAGGAGCUGAAGAAGAACAACCCGAUGACGAGGCUGAGAGGCCACAUCCCGGGGAGGAUCCUGUGAAACCGGUCCCUCCGGAGCCCACCGACCGCGCAGUGAUGGAGCAGCAGGUGAGGGAGAGAGCGGCGCAGAGCAGGAGGCGACCCGGGGAGCCCGCGCUGGCCCCGGAGCUGAGCCUGGCGGGGAGCGUAACGCCCAACGACCAGUGUCCCAGGGCCGAGGUCUUGCGAAGGGAGGAUGUCAAGAGGCGCUCUGUGUAUUUGAAGGUGAUCUUCAAUGACAAGGAAGUGUCCAGGACUGACAGUCAGCCGCUCGGGGCAGACUUCCGGGUUCAUUUUGGGCAGAUUUUCAAUUUGCAAAUAUUCAACUGGCCAGAGAGUUUAACACUACAGGUAUAUGAAACAGUUGGACACAGUGGUACCACCUUGCUGGCAGAAGUGUUUCUGCCUAUUCCUGAAACUAGCGUUGUCACUGGAAGAGCUCCUAUUGAAGAAGUGGAGUUUAGCAGUAACCAGCAUGUGACAUUGGAUCACGAAGGAGUUGGAAGUGGGGUGCCCUUCUCAUUUGAAGCUGAUGGUAGUAAUCAACUGAUUCUAAUGACCUCAGGGAAGUUGUCCAACAGUGUGGCAUGGGCCGUUGGAGAAAAUGGGAUACCUCUAAUUCCUCCAUUGUCACAGCAGAGCAUUGGAUUUAGGAGUGCUUUGAAGAGGGCAGAUGCCAUCUCAUCUAUUGGUGCAUCAGGACUGACAGACAUGAAAAAGUUGGCCAAGUGGGCAGCAGAGUCCAAGCUCGACCCGAAUGACCCCAGCAACGCCCCUCUGAUGCAGCUGAUCUCGGUGGCCACCAGUGGCGAAUCCUACAUCCCUGAUUUCUUUCGACUGGAACAACUGCAACAGGAGUUCAACUUUGUUUCUGAUGAGGAAUUAAGUAGAUCCAAACGAUUCAGGCUUCUUCAUCUUAGAAGCCAAGAGGUGCCAGAAUUCAGAAAUUACAAGCAAAUUCCAGUAUAUGACCGAGAAAUUAUGGAAAAGGUAUUCCAGGACUAUGAGAAACGAUUACGAGACAGAAAUGUAAUUGAAACCAAGGACCACAUAGACACCCACAGGGCCAUAGUAGCCAAGUACCUCCAGCAGGUUAGAGAAUCAGUGAUAAAUCGUUUCCUAAUUGCAAAACACCAUUUUCUUCUUGGGGAUUUGAUAGUAGAAGAAGAAGUGCCCAAUAUCAGCACUUUGGGGCUAAGCCUUUUCAAGUUGGCUGAGCAGAAACGCCCACUGAGGCCAAGGAGAAAAGGUCGGAGGAAGGUGACAGCCCCAAACCUGUCUGAUGGCGACAUAAAGCUGCUGGUGAACAUUAUCCAGGCUUACGACAUUCCAGUGAGGAAGCCAGCAACAAGCAAAUUCCAGCAACCAUCAAGAUCAUCAAGGACUUUCAGCGAAAGGCAUGCUGCCUCCCCAGCGACACACAGCCCGGCCCACAGCGCUGACUACCCCCUUGGCCAGGUUCUAGUACGUCCUUUUGUAGAAGUUUCCUUUCAACGAACCAUUUGCCACACCACGACGGCUGAAGGGCCAAACCCCAGUUGGCAUGAAGAACUUGAACUUCCGUUUAGGGCCCCUAAUGGGGAUUACAGCACAACCAGUUUGCAAUCGAUAAAAGAUGAUGUGUUCAUCAACAUUUUUGAUGAAGUACUACAUGAUGUCUUAGAGGAUGACCGGGAAAGAGGAAGUGGAAUCCACACCCGUAUUGAGAGACACUGGUUGGGAUGCGUGAAAAUUCCAUUCAGCACAAUAUAUUUCCAAGCAAAGAUUGAGGGAACAUUUAAAAUAGAUAUUCCCCCGGUUCUUCUGGGCUACAGUAAGGAGCGAAGCAUGACCACUGAGAGGGGCCCCGACUCUGUCCGAGGCCUGAGUGAUGGCUCCUACCUGACCCUGUUCAUCACCACGGAGCCUCAGCUGGCUCCUGGGGAGUCGGUGCGACAAAAGUUUGAUUCUCAGGAAGAUGAGAAAUUGCUUCAAGAAACACAGAAGUUUCAAGCUGAAUGUGCCUUAAAGUUUCCAAAUCGUCAGUGUGUUACAACAGUGAUUGACAUAAGUGGGAAAACCGUCUUUAUCACCCGUUAUCUCAAGCCUUUAACCCCCCCCGAGGAGCUCCUGAGUGCCUACCCCAGCAACCCACAGGCAACAGCAGAGCUGGUGGCUCGAUAUGUGUCAUUGAUACCUUUCUUGCCUGACACAGUUUCCUUUACUGGCAUCUGUGACCUGUGGAGCACAUCAGACCAAUUUCUUGAUCUCCUGGCUGGAGACGAAGAAGAGCAUGCAGUCUUACUAUGUAAUUACUUUCUCUCCCUGGGUAAAAAGGCCUGGCUCCUGAUGGGCAGUGCUAUUCCUGAGGGUCCAACUGCCUAUGUGCUAACUUGGGAGCAAAGUCACUAUUUAAUUUGGAAUCCCUGCAGUGGACAUUUUUAUGGACAAUUUGAUGCAUUCUGCCCCUUAAAAAGUGUGGGCUGUUUAAUAGGUCCUGAUAAUAUUUGGUUUAACAUUCAACAGUAUGACUCCCCACUAAGGGUCAGUUUUGACGUCACCAAGCCUAAGCUAUGGAAAUCUUUCUUCUCAAGGAGGCUUCCGUAUCCUGGUCUUUCCAGUAUUCAGCCAGAAGAGCUAAUUUACCAGCACACAGACAAGAUGGCUGCAGCUGAGCUACAAGACAGGAUUGAAAAAAUACUAAAAGAAAAAAUCAUGGACUGGAGGCCUCGCCAUCUAACUCGGUGGAAUAGGUACUGUACCUCCACACUACGUCACUUCUUGCCUCUGUUAGAAAGAAGUCAAGGAGAAGAUGUAGAAGAUGACCACAGAACAGAGCUGCUGAAGCAGCUGGGAGACUACAGGUUCUCUGGAUUUCUCCUUCACAUGCCCUAUUCUGAACUGAAGCCUUUAAUUGAAGCUGUAUAUAGCACUGGAGUACAUAAUAUUAAUGUUCCUAAUGUUGAAUUUGCUUUAGCUGUAUAUAUCCACCCAUAUCCCAAAAAUGUUUUGUCUGUUUGGAUCUAUGUUGCCUCCCUUAUACGCAACAGGUAAUUUUUUCUUUGUAUACUUUUUAUAUCACAUAAAAACUGUAAUUAGGAUGUGAGAAAACUUUUUUAAGUGAAGUUAAUCACGAGAAAAGAAUAUCUGCAAAUAAAUAAAUAAUCAUUUUCAAACUGUGUAAAGUAAGUAUUUUUAUUGAGUAGUCUGCCUUGUCUCUGCCUUUUUGACCCUGAAUUCAAUUGACACUACCACGGUUCCCCCUUACACUAAGUCUCCUAUUUCUGUGCUUCUGUCCUUGCCCAUCUUCUGCUUGGAAUGCCCAUCUUCGCCUGUGCAGAAAAUUAAUCAUACUUUUAAGACCAGAAAAACACUGCAAACUUUCUGGGAUAAGGGGGAACAAUUUUACAAAAUAUUAUUUCAAUUUUUAAUGCUGAAUACCUAAGAUUUUAUCCUACAGAAACACUGGACACAUGUAAACACAUUUGCAUAUAUAAACAUACACCCAUUGAGCAAUGUAGUAUUUUAGGGGAAAAGGGAAUAUAUUUAAAUAUUUAUCAGAAGGGAAGCACCUUAAAAAAUCAAGACACUGUAAUGGAUUGAAUGUUUGUGUCCCCCCAGAAUUUGUAUCUUGAAACCCUAAUACCCUAUAUAAUGGUGUUUGGAGACAGGGCCUUUGGGGGGCAGAGGCAGGAGCAAGCUUGCCUCCUCUCUAGACCAUGUGCGGAUAAAAGGAGAAGAGGCUGUCUGCAACCAGAAAGGGCCCUGACCAGAAACCAGACCUCAGCACCCUGAUCCUGGAACUCCCAGGCUCCAGAACUGUGGGAAAUAAUUGUCAAGCCCCCCAAUCUAUGGUAUUCUGUUAUAGCAGCCCGAAGUAAGACAAACGGAGUCAGGUAAUACUACACUAAACCAUUAAAAAGGAUUAAAAAAUGUGCUAACAUGGAAAAAUGUCCACAAAAUACAAACACAUUAGGCAGGAUUUCUCACAGCAGCACUAAUGACAUUUUGGGCCAAGUAAUUAUUUGUUCUGAGUGAGGCUGUCCCAUGUGUUCUGGGAUGUUUAGCAGCAUCCCUGGCCUCCACCCACUCGAUGCCAGUGACAACCAAAAAUAUUUCCAGAUGUUUCCUAAUGUCCUCUUAUGAAUAAAUUGUCUCCAGUUGAGAACCAGACACAGCUGGAAUAUGAUCUCACUUAAAACAAAACACAAAGGGACCAAAUUAAGGAAGACUUCACUCCCACCUUUUGCUUUAUUCCCUUAAGCCUUCCUCUAUCAGAUUAUACUACUAUUAUGUGUAUACAUACCUCUGAUACCUCUCCUAAGAACUCUUCUAGGGAGAGUUCAAGGACUAACUCAUGACAGUCAUCACCAAUGUAACAACAUACAGACACGACAGCACAGUGGUUAAGAGCAUAAACUCUAGAGAAAUCCCAGUUCUCACACUAAAUAGCUGGGUAAUCGAUGGACAAGUUACUUAACCUAUUACUUAUUUUCCCCUUAGAUAAGACAGGCAUAAUCACAUUACCUAUGUCCUUGUAUUGUUGUAAUGACUAAGUCAGUUAGUAUAUACAAAGUAUUUAGACACUGCCCAACACUUAACAUCUGAUGUUUGUCAGGCACCAAAAGCAUUUUAUAUAACUGUUCCCUCUUAUUCUAACAAUGAACAGUUUCAAUAAUUCAUCAAAUCGCAAAAUCACAGAUAAAUUUAAAACAAAUAUAAUAGUGUUUCAUUAAAUAUUAACUACCCCUUUAGUUAGUAAAGCAGCAGCAAUAAUGUAUAAAAAUUAAAUGCAGAUUAUGCAUCUCCCCACACAAUUGGGGGGGUAAGGAGGAUAGUAAACACUGAGUUUCCAUCUAACAAUGUGCCAACAUACUGAAGUCAGUUUGGUUCAGGGUUACUGCCAAGUCCUAUUUAAUGGUUUGCUGACAUCAAGCAGCACAGGACAAAAUCCCUAUAGGUAAUAGACACCUCAAUUAUCUGGAACCCCAGGGGAAACAGCUGCUCAAGUUAAAUUAUUUAAAAGGAUAACAGUUAAACAAAGUACUAAAACAUCAUUAAUGAUUUUUUUCCAUAAUUAACAAAAAAUUUCCCCCCAAAAUAUACUGUUUUCUGAUUACAUGGGGGAUAAACUUUAGUCCGCCCUUCCUGACUGAGCCAUGGUUUUAUAUGAGUAAUUUUACGAUGCAGUUCAUGUAAACACAGGUAAGAUCAAGUAUGGAGUUGGAUGGGA